UGCAACAUUGUUAGUAGCCCAAGAGUCUUUUGUUUUGGAAGAACUACCCCAGUAAUUACAGGCCAUAGCUUACUGUGCUGUCAUUUUAGUACAAAGUGCAUGUGAAAAGAUGGAAAGUGAUGAAGGAUUGUGGACUGUGGAGUGCUUGAGGGGAAGGCUUCUUGCAGAGAGGCAAGCUUCAAAUACUGCAAAACAAGAUGCUGAACUUAUGGGAAAUAAGGUAAUGGAGCUUGAGAUAGAACUGAAAGAAGAGACCAAACUAAGGAACAAAGCUGAGAGAAGGCUCAAAUUGCUGAGGAAGAAGCUUGAAUCCCUCAAAUUAUUGCCUACUUUGGAAGAAAAUGCAUCAGACACCACUACUUCUAUAAAAUGCUUUGAAAUUUCUUUCAGCAAAGAGAAUUGUAACUCUCCAGGGACUAUUAAAUCUGAUACAAAAGAUUCUUCCCAUGAGAAGUCCAGUGUUAAACCAAGUUCAGGCCAUGAAGUUCCAAAGGUUGAUGACACAAGGUAUUUCCCCACAUUUAUCCUACUGAUUUUUUCUUCAAGCUUGAAAGCUUCAACAGUGGAGAUCGAUAACGGAAAAAAUGAGAAUUUUGAGGAUGGUGGUGAUGAUGAUUAUGUUGAUAACACGUUGGCAUUGAUUCCGCUUUUCCUACCAGAAGCCAAGAUGGCCCCGGAGAUAAAGAUAGCAAAAGUAUAG